AUGUUAUUAGAAAGUUUCUCUAGCCUCAAGGGUCUCAGCCCUUCGCAGUAUAUCUUCGGUAUCCAAGCGAUCCCGCUCGUGGCCAGUGGGGUUUACACCUUGUUCUGGCCAUCAGCCGCCGCGGCCCUCCCAAACUCCCCACUUAAGGAUAUCAGCAACGGCACGAUACAAGCAAUCAGACUCCUGGCUGCUUUCGUGUUUUAUCGAGCUGGUGGGGGAUGGUGCGACGUUGCUCCUUUCGAGGGUGUUAUGGGCCUUCUUACGGCCGGGGGUAUUUAUUGGGAUUGGAUUGGGCCCAACCGUGUGAAUUGA